UGCACCCAGUAAUUACUUCUUAAAUCAUUUUCAUAGAUAUUGUGUGCCAGGGGCUGCUCUAGUAGCUGUGAAUUGGAAAGGAGAAAAGGUAAAAUGGUUGUGGUGGCACGGGACUUUAUUCCCAGGACUGAGGAGGCAGAGGCAAGCAGAUCUGUGAGUUCAAGGCCGGCCUUAAGAUCCAGUCUAAUGAAGAUGGCAUACUAGGACCCAGUGUUUAAAAAAAAAAAAAAAUUAAGAAGAGAGUGUUGUGAUGUUUCCUGCUGAUAAUUACUUUUUACCUGUCAGAUUAAUAAGCACAGUAGACGUUAUUGCUUUGAGACGGGGUCUCGUGUACCCCAGGCUGGCCCUGUGUAGCCCAGGAUGGCUUUUCUGUUUCUCCUGCUGCUGCUUCGAGGUACAGGGAUCACAGAUGUGUGCCCACUGGUCACUGUUUAAGGGCCAGUGGGGAAUAGAUCUGGGGCUUUGUGCACGCCAAGCAAGUGCUUACGUGCCCAGCACUGAGAUACUCUGCAAAGGUCAAAGGUCAUUCAACACAAAUGCUGAAAAAUGUUAGAGGAUUGACAUCUUGACAUCUCUAAAGCUAGAAGUGAAGCAGGCUCGAAGCAGGCUCGCAGCAGGCCAGGGAGCUCCCACACAGCCAGCGAGGAAAAUGAAGCUCCCGAUCUUCAUAGCAGAUGCCUUCACAGCGACAGCUUUCCGGGGCAAUCCUGCUGCAGUCUGCCUGCUGGAGAGCACACUCCAGGAAGACGCCCAUCAGCAAAUUGCGAGGGAAAUGAACCUCUCGGAAACGGCUUUCAUCAGGAAACUGCAGCCGACUGACAGCUUCACACAGAGUUCUCGCUUUGGACUAAGAUGGUUUACGCCAGCGAGCGAAGUCCCCUUGUGUGGCCACGCCACGCUGGCCUCGGCGGCUGUGCUGUUUCGCAAAAUAAAGAACACAAACAGCACCCUGACCUUUGUCACGAUGAGCGGGGAACUAAAGGCCAGAAGAGCAGAAGACGGGAUUGUCCUGGACUUUCCUCUCUACCCGACCUUCCCCCAGGACGUGCACGAAGUUGAAGACUUGAUAAAGGCAGCCGUAGGUGACACCCUGGUCCAAGACAUCCGGUACUCUCCAGAUACCCGAAAACUCCUGGUCCGGCUCAGCGAUUCUUAUGACAGGUCCUUCCUAGAGAGCCUGAAGGUGAACACAGAGCCUCUGCCUGGAAUUGAGAAGACAGGGAAGGUGAGAGGCCUCAUCCUCACCCUCAAAGGAGAGCCUGGGGGGCAGACGGCCCCGUAUGACUUCUACUCCAGAUACUUUGCACCGUGGGUUGGUGUGGCUGAAGACCCUGUAACAGGAUCUGCACACACUGUUCUCAGCAGCUAUUGGUCCCAGCAGCUCGGGAAGAAAGAGAUGCGAGCCUUUCAGUGUUCCCGCCGAGGAGGGGAGCUGGACAUUUCCCUGCGACCUGAUGGGCGAGUUGACAUGAAGGGCGGCGCUGCUAUUGUCUUGGAGGGCACGCUGACAGCCUAGAGAUGUUUAUGCUGGGUUUGCAGCCGCUGCUCAACGCCGUGUCUUCUCUAUAGCAAGAACCGAACCCAACCCAACCAAACAGCAAAUGCACAGAGCUUGGUUCAGUCCUCCUGAGAAGAACAGAAAUGGGAAGACAUUUGAUGGAGAUGCGGUAGUGUCUCCAGAAUCCUUUCCUGAUGGUGGGCUCUGGCGCCUGCCUGUGUGUGCAUCUUCAGUCCCCACAGCAGACACGGAGCCUGCCCCUUGUUUUGAUUAUGACUGCCAAUCAAAGUGAGAGAUGCUUUGAUAAGGAGCCAGAUGAUGCCAUUUCAAUUCAGGCGUGGGUACCUUAGGGUAUUUCAAAGCCUUUUCGAAGAAUAAAUAGCUGU